AAACGUGGCAGAGGAUAACAUCUUUAGCGCACUGGAGGAUAAUCCACUGAUACUUCAGGAAUGCUCAAACAUUUUUUGUAUCUCUCUUUUCUAACAAAGCUAUCCAACUCUCAUUUCCAUGUUAAUUUGUGAGCAGGAGAAUCCAACCAUGCAGCUGAAUGAGACUGGAGGUCAAGCACUGGCUCCAGAGCCAUGUGAGACACAGAUACUACAGGAGGACAGCUUUGGAAACUGCAGCGGAAGCUCCACAAUCAACAUGUCUCUGCACUGCUGGCUGCAGCUCCUCUCUAAGGAAUCUAUCAUGGAGUUUCAAGCAGACAGCUCCAGUCUGGUGGUGCGUAUGUUGAUAGCUUGUGUCUACUCCAUAGUUUGUGCACUGGGGCUGGUAGGAAACUCACUGGCGUUGUAUCUGCUGCACUCACGUUACAGGAAGAAACAAUCAUCAAUCAACUGUUUUGUGAUGGGACUGGCUAUCACAGACCUGCAGUUUGUGCUGACUUUGCCGUUCUGGGCGGUGGACACAGCAUUGGACUUCCGCUGGCCAUUUGGCCGUGUGAUGUGCAAAAUCGUCAGCUCUGUCACCACCAUGAACAUGUACGCCAGUGUAUACUUCCUCACAGCUAUGAGCGUGGCACGUUAUUACUCCAUCUCCACCGCGAUGAAGAUGCACAGCCGGCGUGCGGCAGCCACCAGAGCAAAGUGGACGAGCCUGGGCAUCUGGACCGUGUCUCUGCUGGCAACUUUGCCUCAUGCCAUCUACUCCACCAGCUUCCAAGUUUCUGAUGAGGAGCUUUGCCUGGUGCGCUUUCCAGACUCAGGCAGCUGGGAUCCACAGAUUCUUUUGGGUCUCUACCAGCUGCAGAAGGUCCUGCUGGGCUUCCUUAUCCCUCUGAUCAUUAUCACUGUCUGCUACCUGCUGCUGGUGCGCUUCAUCCUCAGCCAGCGUAUCGCAGGAGCCGGUGGCCCAGAGGUGGAGCAGGAACGUCAGAGGCGUCGCUCUAAAGUGACCAAAUCCAUUGUGAUCGUAGUUCUGUCCUUCUUUCUGUGCUGGCUUCCUAACCAGGCGCUGACUCUGUGGGGAGUGCUCAUAAAGUUUGACCUUGUGCCCUUUAGCAAGGCUUUCUACAAUGCGCAGGCCUAUGCCUUCCCCCUGACUGUGUGUCUGGCACACACCAACAGCUGCCUGAACCCCGUGCUCUACUGCUUGAUCCGCAGAGAGUUUCGUGCAGGUCUGAAGGAACUUCUCCUCCGCGCCACGCCGUCCUUUAGGAGCCUGACUCAUCUGCUGUGUCGCAAAGCCAAAGUGGCUGAGGCGCCGCCUGUUCUGGUGCUGGUCCAAAUGAAUGUCUGAUAGGCUUACUGUGACAGAAGAGUGAAUGACUAGCCCACAAAGCAAAUAAGUGAAAGCUGUCUAUUGUACAAUUGAUCUGGAGUUGUUUACUAUGACGUUGCAUCCAUCUCAACCCCGUCAGCGAUGACUCCCCAAUGGGAUGUGCCCCAUUUUUGCUGCUUGUUCCAAGAUUAUGAUUAUGAAGAUAUUUUGACUUGUCUCUUGAACGAUCUCACUCUCACCCUCCCUGCCUCUGAAUGGUAUUACAUGUGCUGCUCUCUUGUAAUUUGUCAUGCGUAGAUGUCAAUCAUAAAUUACUUUUAUAUCAUGGCUAACAUGACAGUUGCAAUUAGCCAGUUAAAACUAUUUGGCAUCAGUGGCAAACACUUUGAUUAUACAAAUCAUAGGUACAGCAAACUUGCACUCCAAUACAAAAUAUAUUAUCUUUUUCAAUAUUUGUUGCAUUUGUGAUUUUUUCACAGUGAGAACCAUGACACGGCUGCUUGUGCAUUGGUGCGUUUAAUUGCUUGAAUACCGGACACUAGAGGGUUGCUAGAGAUGAUUGCCAAUCAAAUUAAGUUGUUUGACUCAACAUCACAAACAAAUGUGCAAAUUGAUUAAACUCACAACAACCAGAUGAACCUGACAUCUAACUGCAUUGUAUCUUAAUUCCCCCAAAUAUAACGUGAAUGACAACCAAAACUAUAUUUGCAGUACUUUCAAAAGGUUUUGUCUCGAUAAACCACAGCUUUGACUCCCACAAUGCAUGAGAUAACUUCCCUGAUUAAACUCUCUGACUGUGCAUUGAUGAUUUAAGUGGAGGUAACAACAUAUCUCAAAAUGUUUUAGUAAAGAAACGUGAAUGUAAUAUGAGUAUUGAGGAGGUUUCCCAGUGCAUUGUCCAGUUGCUGUGUUUUUUCUAUUUUUCAUCUGUGCUCAUUGUGUCAUACAGUAAAAGCAAACUGGGGAAAACUAAACCUAACCAAAUAAGAUUAAAACAAAUAACAGAUUAUUUGCUAUAUAAAAAACAACAAUAUGGUCAUUGAUAAGCCUAUUAUAUUAUUUGAAAAGUGAGAAAAUGACAAGGUUAAGCAAUGUAUAACAUCUGUGCUGCUUAUUAGGUAAUACACAAUAGACGAUAUAUUUGUUAGCUGCAUUGUCUUAGGGGGGAAAAGUAAUGUCUGACAUUUCCUGUUGUUUUUCAGGCAACAUAUAAUAAGUAAAAUGUAAAUCAAUGUUGUCCUUGAGUCCUUGAGAAUCAAGAGUUGAACUGCUUCAAAUCACGCAUGAGCUGAGCACAUGUACUGUAUGAACUCAAAUAGAAAUAUUAAUGCUCACUGUUUCUCUCUCACACACACACACACACACACACACACACACACACACACACACACACACACACACACACACACACACACACACACACACACACACACACACACACAAAAGCAACAUUUAUGGGUGCAGUAUUUUCUUAGCUCUUUAUGUGUCAGAUGAAUAACAUGCUGAAUAAUUCAGAACAUACGUCAGAUUUGCAGAUGCAUGUAUCUGGGCAGCAUAUUAAUUUAUUCACCAGGAACAGUCCACCCGCCAUUCUUCCUCUGCUAAAUUACAUGGUUGUUGAAAGAGCACAGUAACAAUUAAACCUAUACGUAAUAAUGUAAUUUGUGAAUGUAUUGUCUCUUAGUAUUCUCUCAUGGCUGUGAACAUAAUCCUGAUCUUUUAUUGAAGACAUUUGUUGAUUUGAUGUUUCAAUGCAAUGUUCCAAUUAAGUACAUCUUUAAUUAAAAGUCCCCCUGUUUAAACUUUUUGAAAUAAUUGGGCAAUUUAGAAUUCAGACAAUACUGUAUACCCAAGGCAGCCUUGUUUGAAGAAAACAAACCCAGGAUAAAUGUUUUAAUAGACAAUGACUUAGGUUUGA